GCGAUAGAGAGAGAGAGAGGGAGGCUAGCUAGAUGCGUGGCUUGGGGUAAAGCUGUUAAAACGGGAAGCUAAGCCUACUGAGAUCCAACUGCUUAGCUUCAUCAAGCUUUUGGGUGAUACACUCGGUGUUGUGAGCAGGGCUUCAUUUUGUCUUCACUUUCUCGCUCUCCUUCAAGCCCAUCCCUAUAUUUAACCCCUCCCCCCAAUUUCAUCAUCACUCGGAAUUUCUCUGCCUAUCUAUAUAUCUAGCCAUCUAUCUCUAUCUAAUUUCUAUAUCUUAAGUAAAUGUCACCAACAGAGCCAUGGCUCCUCCAGAGAUUGCCCUCGCGUCCAUGACCAGACACCCUCCCAAUCAGCCAAACCCUAAAAUGUGGAACCCCGAAGAAGAUGACUCCUGGGAGGUCAGAGCUUUUGCGGAGGACACGCGAAACGUCAUGGGAACCACUUGGCCCCCCAGGUCCUACACCUGCACCUUCUGCAGAAGGGAGUUCCGUUCCGCCCAAGCUCUCGGCGGUCACAUGAACGUCCACCGCCGUGACCGGGCUCGCCUCCACCAAGUCCAGCCCAACUCUUCGAUCAUAAUCCCAGCGCAAGACCUCGUUCCUAAUAAUGGCUUGUGCCUUCUCUAUCGUUUACCACCAGCGCCUAAUAAUCCCACCUUUGCCUUCGCCAACACUGGUCCUACCCCAACUGAUCCCAGUGCAUUUGCUGAAUCACCUUCCUCUCUCCUCUCCAUCUCGCCCUAUCCACCCAACAAGUUCGAUUUUUCUGUGCUGCGCUCCGGCUGCAAUAUUUCCUCUUUCUCUAAUAACUCCACCGAAGUGGAACUGCCCACAACCAACUCCUCCGAUGACGGCAGCGAAGAGCUCGAUCUAGAGCUCCGGCUAGGCCACGGGCCAACACCGACCUGACAAAGCCUGAGUAAUUAUUGGUCGUUGUGCAUGAGAUGCACAAAGGUUGAGUCAAUUUAUUAUAAAUUGAUAACUAUUGCUCCUUAAUUUGCAGCGUGUAGAGAAGACUUGCUUUGUUGACGCCCGUGUAUUACACUGCCAACUAUGCCUGCCUCUCGUAGGCUUUUUCUGGGUGCUUGUGGAAGAGAUUAAAUUUGGGGCAGAAGAAGGAGGAAGCGGCUGAGGAAAGGAGAUGGCACCGUGUAAAUUUUUAGAGUUAAAAGAAAAACAAAAAGAUGUAAGAAGUGUUAAUAUUUCAGGAUCAAAAAGAAGAGAAGAUUAGGGUUUUGAAGGAUGGAGACUGAUAAUGGUUGCAGUGCAGUGUCAUUUUCCAUUUCAGGUGUCUCAGUACAUAUAUACAAGUCCGUCUGAAUAUUCGUUUCCGUGAGAAUUAUAUAUUUUCUAGCACUCCGGUAAUUAAGUAAAUCAUGGUUUCACA